AUGGCAGACCUCAAGACGCGCGCCAGCUCCAUCCUCGCCCACCUCAACGGCGACCACGCCGACUCGCUGCGCAGCAUCGUCGCGCGCAGCGAGGAGCUGCCGUACCUGCCCUCGCGCGCCCGCGCCACGGCCAUCGAUGCCGACGGCUUCGACGUCGAGUACACGCUGCAGCACAGCCUCGCUUCCAAGGCCGAGAAGCGCCGCGCGCGCGUCGCCUUCAAGCAGCCGCUCAAGCAGUCGGGCGAGGCGCGCGCCGCCUUUGUCGGCCUCAGCAAUGAAAGUGCCGGCCUUUGGUACCCCGUCCGCUUCGGCGUCACGCCACACCUUCCCGGCGCUCUGGCGCUCGGCGCGCUGCUCUACGCGCUCAGCAAGGCGUACGACUUCCCGGCGGCGCAGGUGGCGCUGAUGCCCGUGCUGCAGCGCUACCCCGACGCGCCCGACUGGGCCGCCUGGCUGCUGCGCCAGAUCGGCGUCGCGCACGCCGUCGAGAGCGUGCUCAUGUUCCUCUAUGUGCUCAAGCGCGGCGGCUCGGUCGUCACGGCGGCCAAGUGGGCAGCCGUGCACCUGCCCGUCGGCUUCCCGAAUUUCUUCUCCUUCCGCAAGCUCAACCCGGCCGGCGUGCAGAAGAAGGGCAAGGGCCACUGA